AUGGCGGACGCGUUCGCGACGCGCGUGGACGACGCGAUGGCGGGCGAUGCGACGCGCGAACGCGCGAACGCGAGUGAUGAUGAUGGCUCGGACGAUGGACGAUCGACGCACAGUCGACAGCUCAGCGCCGCGUCCACGCUCGAGCGCGCGGAUUACACGCAGUACAGAUUGGACGCGAACGCGGCGUUCGAACGGUUCGAGGAACCCGGACCGCUGGAUGGGGAUUUGGAGUUUGAAAAGCUCGGAAGCGCGCGGGCGGCGGUGCUGAAUUUGGUCGCGUCGUUUCGAGUGUUUAGUAAAUUUUUAAUCACGGCGGAGAGCGUGAUCGUGGCGGCGAUAUCGGUCGCGUCGGCGUUGUUUUUCAUCCUGUAUGAGGUGCGUGGACGGAGGAUGGCUGUGAAUCUGUCGUGGACGUUCGUGUCGUUCGCGAUCAUCUAUCCGCUCACGGGGUCGCUGGACGCGGCGUUCAGGCGGAGAGAGGAGGCGCUGAAACAGCUCGCCGUGUUCAAGACGAGCGUUUUGAGCUUUUAUCAGGGUCACAGAGAUUGGGAUUGGGGCGAUAAUGGGCGGAAGAAUUUGCCGGAGAAGCACGUGGAGGAGGUGAGGUGGUUGGCGGUGGCGCUCGUGUGCGACGUGCGCAACUUUUUGAGCGCGCCCGAGGUGACGAGAUUGGUGCAUCUUAACACGAAGCGCGGACGAGUCGCCUGGUCCAAGGGUCGGAAAUUACAAUGGGCGAUCGCGAAGCGCGUGCGAGAGCUGUUCCAGAAGAUGUCGCUGACGACGGAGGUGUUGAAGUACGCCGGAAUGCCCGGGAACGAAUCGGCUCGCCUUCGGCAGUUCACAAAAGAAGGGCACAACGCGUGGGAAAACAUGUGCUUUUUGAAGACGUACCGCACGCCCAUGGCCACUCGCGCGUUUGCUCGGGUGUACAUUCUCAUUCAUCCCAUCUUCUGGGGUCCGUACUACGCUCAACUCGUGAGCGAUAUCCUGCACGACGAGGCGGCUGGUUACGACCCCGCCGAUCAGUUCGAUGUUCCGUCGUACACGAGAUAUUGGGUCAUCUUUUACGCGUGCUGCAUGUCCGUCAUCACUUCGCUCGCCAUGCUCGGAUUGUUCAACGUGAGAUAUUCGCUAGAGGAUCCGUUUGCGACAAAGGAGCGGAAUUCAAACUCGGGCCAGGCGGGAUACGAAUCGCGAUACAUACGCGGAGUCGAUCAGGUGUUGAUAGACAGAGAGCUCCGAGAUCUCGUGAACGAUCUUUGCUUGGAGUUCGACCACAGACACGAGUCGAGCGUGGGUGGACCGCCGAACGCCAUUUACCCGCUCAAGAAACGAUCCCAGCUCCAAAACAUAACCGUCACCGAGGAUUUGGUCACUCCGUCUCUCGCGGAGCGACAGUGCUCGAAGGGCCGUGCGCCCGAUUUAGAUCGCAUACACUCCAUCUACGUCCCUCAAUAG